AUGAAAUCUAAAAUUAAGGCAGCAAAUAAAUUAACUUUAGGUACUGAAACAGAUCUAAUCUUUAAUGAUGCAGAUUUUUGCUCUAAUUUGGCUGAUCAUUUUAAACAACCUAAAACAGUUAGAACAACUCAUAAAAAAACAAAAACUGAAUUAUUUUAUACAAAAACACCUAACACAGCAUUGUAUAAAUUUCGAUAGAAUGGACAAUUGUUAACAAGUUCUUAGUUAUCUCUUUCUCGUUGUCCUUCGCUGACGAAAUCCUAAAGGAGAUUAUAGGAUAGGGAACUCAAGACAAAAAGUAAUAAUGUCAGUAAGGAAUAUUUGGAAAUAAAAAAAAGUUAAACGGAGUAGGACAUAGUACCUAUUCAGUUAUUGUUUGAAUAAAACAGCUUUUUAGCAAGGAAUCACGAAUUUUUGAUUGACAGUAUAACCGAAUUGUCAGAAUCUGUUAAGGUUUAAUUGUUAAGCAAUCAGUACGAAAUAUAGAGAUGGAAGGAGGAAAAAAUGUAAAGCAAUCUUGAUAGUAAAAUAUUGUUUAUAUUUUACAACACUUUGCAACAAUUGGAUAAGAAAAUUAUUGGAUCGAUAUUUAAUCAACAAUAGACUCCAGCUGAGAAUUUUAAAUUAAAGCAUUUAUCUGACACAAUGGAAAUGGUAUCAGAAAUGGUGACACUCCUGAUCAAACAGGUUUCUAGAAUGGACAUUAAAUUGGCUACAUUUUUAGAAUACUUUUGGAAGUUUUGGGUGGUCUUGAUUGAUGUAGCAAUGUAAUGGAUGGAUAAGAGUUGCACAGAUUAUAUUGAAUAUCAAAUCUCGCAAUUUAAGUAAUAAUUUGAGGAGGCAAUAUAAUAAAAAAAUCUAACAGAAGACAAAUUAAUAAGGGCAGAAAAGGAAUUUAAAUUAUAGGAGUAAUAAUACUAAAGAAAAUGCGAUUCGUUGGAAACCUAAAUAUUAUCCAUCCAAUCGGAGUUUAAUGAAUAUAAACAGGCUGUACUUCAGAUGAGUGAUUUGAAAUAGGCAGAGAAAAGAAUGAAUGCAGUGGGUUUAAAGUCAUUAGAAUUGGAGAACCUCUUUAAAUAAUAUGACCGAUAGUUGUUUGAUUACAAGAGUGAUUUUCAAAAGGACUUCAAACAAUUGGGAUCAAUAUUGGUACAAUAAAAGAAAUUGUAAGAGGAUUUAAAGCAACCUCAUCAAUAUGCUCAAUCUAUUCUUCACAUUCCUUAGUAUGUAGAGAAUAAGACUCUUUAUGAACUAUUUACUAAUAUGCAUCCUUUCUGUUUGCAUUUUAAUAAAAUAGAAAUACACGAAUAAGAAGUUGAGAAUGACUAUGACAAUUAGCUAAUCUAGUUUUUAGAGUAUCUAACCAAUUACGAUGAUUUAAUGUAGAAUGUUUGUGUGAUAUUCAGAGUAUGGAUGAAUGACAAUGAUCGUCUCAAUCGUAUUGUAAAUCAUCUUUUGACUUAAAAGGAUUAUACACAACAUUCAUUGCAUCAUUUUUAUUGCAUUCUAUUUGGUUUGAAAAACAAUUAGCAACUCUCUUGGAUUUCCAUAAGCAAUCUCAUUUGUUAUUUUAAACAGUUGAGAUAGGAAUUACACCAAUAAUUGAAUGAACCCAUCUAUCUUAAGGAUUCGAAUUAUAUUUUAGAUUUGAUUCUGCCAGAAGAGUUCAUGGAAAUCAUUAAGCAUCACAAACUCGAUUCAAUAACCAUAUUGAGUUUAUUAAAUUUGUUGGCUUAGUUUAUGCAAUAGACAGAAAAUAAAAUAUGGAAUAGAUGGAAAUUUCACUUUAAAAUCGAUUCAGACGAAUUUGAUCAAAAUAAGUUGGAUUACUUCAUGCAACUCAAAAUAUAUUUGAAUAAAGGCGAAUUGAGUAUUCAAUAAAGAAGUGAUUACUUUGAUCAAAUUCGACAUUUGUCCUUAAUGUACCCUUGUUUAUUUUAUAAACACAAAUAAAUGAUUUCGAAGAUGCAAACUUAAGUCAGACGAGUCUCUUAGAAACAUGCAGCAUAAUAGUAAUAAAAGGAAUCCAAUACAAGGCCAUCCCAAAUGAAGAGAUAGUCAACCUAUAAUGGAAUGAUUAAAUCUCAAGUUCUUAGAAAAUGA